CACGGUAUCGCGUGAAAGGGCGCCUCAGUCACCACUUUGUCGCUUGGAUAACCAUGGCGGGCACGCGUCGACAGGAGAUUGACCUUGCAUUUGCCGCUAACAAUGAGCUUCGCAAAAGAGUACGCGCUGCAAUAGAUGAGAACCCUGCGCAGACCACUCUCUUCCAGGAAAUAUCUAUCUAUAUUCUCAAUCGCACAUCACAAGGAGCGGAAGAGCCCGCGACGAAAAAGCGGAAACUAGAGGACAACAAUGGCGUUUCUAAUGGGGCUACGGGGGCUGGAUUAGGAGGCCUCUCCAGUGCCGUAAUCAAGGCGUGGAAGGCAUAUCCUGCUGUCAGCUUUUCUAUUCCCCAAAGGAAAAAGCUCACACUAGAGCUCGUGGCCGGCAAGCGAGAUGGCGGAAUACGGGGCAUUGGGCCUGAUGGUAGCGUGGAAUUCGGCAUAGCUUGGAAGGAUAUCGACCAGAUCUUCUGCUUACCCGUCCCCGAGAAAGCAAAACGUCAGCACAACUUCAUUGCCAUCCCGGUGCAUGGCGACGGCGUCAACCCCGUGCCGGAGCACCUGAAGGCAUCUCCGCCUGAACCUGUCGUGUGGACUUUCGAAGAAGCAACGGGGAAGAACAUCAUUGAAGGGGAGGAUCCUGGCCCGCAACCCAUGGCGGAUGCAAUCAACCAGUGUCUAGGUCAGGCCGGAGUGAGGAAAUCGGUGAUCUUCCCGGACGCGAAUGAGUUUGCGAGUGCGAUACCUCAGAGCCAUAGGAAGGGCGAGAAAGCAUUUCACGUCAAGGCUCACAGGGGAAGCAAAGAGGGUUAUCUAUUCUUUACGGCUGGCGGCAUAGUGUAUGGCUUCAAAAAGCCCCUUGCCUUCUUCGACUUCGCAGCUAUCAAUUCGGUCUCGUACACGAACGUGCUCCGUAACACAUUCAACCUGGUCAUCACCACGCCAACACAAGAGGUCGAAUUCGGCAUGCUUGAUCAGGCCGAUUAUGAGGGAAUCAAUGCGUACGUACAACAUCACGGUCUUCAAGACGCCAGUAUGGCUGCAGAGCGCCGUGCCAAGAAACUCAACAUCAACCCACCUGCGGAAAAGGACGAGGAAGGAAACGGCACCGCUACAGGCGAGGAGAACGGGGAGACAGAGUUGGAAAAAGCAGCAAGGCUCAUGCAGGAGCAAGAGGAUGAGGAGGAGGAAGACGACGAUUUCGAUCCUGGAAGCGAGGGCGAAAGCGAAGGGAGCGGGACCGACAGUGAAGACGAAGAGGGACAGGAUUAUGAUGACCCAGAAACGGGUGAUGUUGAGGAGGAUGGGUAUGAGGACGAAGAUGCGGCCAUGGAUGCCUGAAACCGCUAGGGUCACCUUUAAGUCUCCAACUGAUUGCCGCAAGGUUCCGAUGGGGAACAUGCUGCAUCUGCCCCAGAGUGCAUGAUCGAUUCAACUUACAGAUGCCACCGGUCCACGUCAUCGCCGGCUGCGCCUGCGAUUUUUGCCAGACCCUCUUCAUACUUAGCUUGUAAAAGCUCGCCGCCGGACGUGCGGCGAAAGACAGCAAUAAUCAAGUAAUUGACUUGGCUGAAUCGGGUCUGGGGUAUGCCAACCCCAUGCAGGUGCAAUCUAUUUCC